AUGACAUUUGCCCAAUCUCAGCUCAGCGAACAGUUUGGUGGUGACUUAACAUUCGAAGACGGUGGCGGCGAACGAGUUGAGUUCCAGCUGCACGGCAUCGGCGGUCCUGAUUCGUACAAAUUUGGAUUCGACACCGGCAAAGGGUCAAACAGACAGUUCAGGUACGAGGAAAGGGACAACGGAGGAAACGUCCACGGCCAUUACGGAUAUCUGGACAACGACGGAAAAAUGCAAGUGUACAACUAUAGUUCGCAUCCGGAGCUUGGGUAUCGCGCGCAAAAAGCCGAAGCUCUCGAAAUGUGAGACAACAUUUGUAUAGCACUUUAAUAAUACGUGAUGUAAUUAUUAUAGCGUAAUAUAAUAAUAAUAUAAUUGUUAAUAAAUUGUUUAUAACUUAAUAUCAUGAGUAACAUAGUGCGUAAAAUACCAACUAUGUAUAAAAUUAUUACAGACUUAGUUUGUUGUCGUUGUAAUAUGUGCCUAUCAAUAAACGAUUCGUUUUUAA